GAACGGGCACAACAGAUCAGCUCUGUGUUUACGUUGAGAUGCUCACAACAAAGGACAGCGCUCCGCGGAGAGCCUGUCAUUUAAAAUAAAACACCGUGGAUGUUUUUUCUCACGGUGAGCGUUUGUAACUCGUAACUCCGGGAAGAGGAGAAAUUAUAACACAAGCUCUCAUUGGCUCUUUUUUUUUUUUGCGUGGUACGGGUUUACUUUUCUUCUUUUGGUAAACCAGCAUAGAGGGGAGAAAUUAAGACGAAAUUUCCUUCUUUAUUUUUUUUUAAAUGCCGGUGGAGCUUUAGCUAGCUCGCUAGCCUCCGCAAGUUGAGAAAGCUGGUGGAGAAGCUAGCAGCUCAAUCAGCCACACCGGAGACAAUAAAAGGACUUCAUCAUUUAUAUCGCAUCACUGAAAGUAACACCAAGGCCUCUCCCCCGCUGCCAAUACCUGAGUCAGAAAAGUAAGGGAGGAGGAAAACUGGAACAUAGUGAGGCUGUUCAGAUCCUUUAAAAGAAAGCUGUUGGGGAGGUCACAGUCCUGUUUGGCAGCUUUUUUACUUUAACGGGCAGGACAAGUGGCACUGCGAGAGACGGACACAUGAAGCAUGAGAGGGUGGAGCUGAGGCUCAGCUGACCCUUCCCCUUCCUUCUCCUCCUUUCCCCCGUGCUCCAUUCGAUCAGCACCUCCUCCCUCCCUUCCCCUCCUGUCCCCUUCCUGUCUCCCUCGCUCUGUUGGAUCUUGCCUCCCCUCCUCCUCCUCCAAGCCUCAAUCAGCCGUGCCCAAUGUACUCCCCGGAGCAGGAAAACAUCUCCACCACCGCCUCCACCAAAGUGCCAGUGAAGUAUGGAGAGCUCAUUGUGCUGGGGGCUAUUCCACUCCACUCCCCGUCCCAGCCCACUCCACAGAGGAAUGCAGAUGUCGGAAAGACUCCUUACACGUACAAUGGCUCUCUGCCCAACGGAGACCGAGGCCGACGUAAAAGCCGUUUUGCACUUUGUAAGAGGCCGAAGGCAAACGGGGUGAAACCCAGCACAGUUCACGUCGCCUGCUCUCCACAGGCAGCCAAGGCCAUAAGCAACAAAGACCAGCACAGCAUCUCUUACACUCUGUCUCGAGUCCAGACGGUGGUGGUGGAGUACACCUAUGACAGCACUACAGACAUGUUCCAGAUCGGUCGAUCAACAGAGAGUCCCAUAGACUUUGUUGUGACGGACACGGUGGCGGGCAGCCAGAGUAACGCAGACACCCAGUCGGUCCAGAGCACCAUCUCCCGCUUCGCCUGCCGCAUCAAGUGCCAGCGCACGCCGCCUUACACCGCACGCAUCUACGCCGCAGGCUUCGACUCCUCCAAGAACAUCUUCCUAGGGGAGAAGGCUGCUAAGUGGAAGACUGCUGAUGGUCAAAUGGACGGGCUGACCACCAACGGCGUGCUGGUGAUGCACCCUCGAAACGGCUUCACCCAGGACUCCAAACCAGGCGUCUGGAGGGAGAUCUCAGUCUGCGGCAACGUCUUCACCCUGCGGGAGACGCGCUCAGCGCAGCAGCGGGGGAAGAUGGUGGAGUCUGAGAGUCAGGAGCUGGUCGACGGCUCUCUCAUCGACCUUUGCGGUGCGACUCUGCUGUGGCGCACUGCUGAAGGCCUGGCGCGCACUCCCACCCUCAAACACCUGGAGGCGCUGCGGCAGGAGAUCAACGCAGCCCGCCCUCAGUGUCCCGUGGGCUUCAACACCCUGGCCUUCCCCUCCAUGCGUCGGAAGGACACGCCGGACGAGAAGCAGCCCUGGGUCUACCUCCAGUGCGGCCAUGUGCACGGCUACCACAACUGGGGCAACCACCGCGAGGAGAGGGAGGGCCGAGAGGGCCGGCACAGGGAGUGUCCCAUGUGCCGAGCUAAAGGGCCGUACGUGCCGCUGUGGUUGGGCUGCGAGGCGGGGUUUUACGUAGACGCCGCCCCGCCCACUCACGCCUUUAACCCCUGCGGCCAUGUUUGUUCAGAGAAGACGGCAGGCUUCUGGAGUCAGAUCCCGCUGCCGCACGGCACACACACCUUCCACGCCGCCUGCCCCUUCUGUGCCCAACAGCUGACUGGUGAGCAGGGCUACGUCAGACUCAUCUUCCAGGGACCCCUCGACUAGCAGGGGGACACUUCGCACCAUCCUUUGGGUGAGGCGGAGCGGGGAGCUUUUUGUUUGGACGCUGACCCUGCAUUGAAAACGGGGAGCAACCCAGAUUUGUUUUCUUUCCUCUGCAGUUAAGAUAAAAACUUUUUUCUGGACUUUUUUCUCUUUCUCAUAUUUAAGUGACCUUUGUAUUGCUUUUUCAUGAAUGACAACAAAGAUUUCUAUAUUUUCAUGUGAAACCAGAGACACAAAAACCAAACAAAGAACACUGCUGGGUAAACGUUUUGUUUGUUUCUCGGAAAGAACUUUCAACAACAGUAUUUUCUAAAUUACUAACAUACCGUAGUGCAAACAUGCGGUUUUUAUUCAUGUUUAUUGUUGCAAUAUACAUCUGUGUACAUCUCUUAGAGCUAAUUUGAACAAAGAUGUUUAUUUAUGGCCCAGGAACCAUCGCUUCAUCCUUUAUCUGUCAGAUAUGUCUAACUUCAAUACUAUUUAGCAUUUUAAUUUGAAAAUAUUGUUAAUCAGAUAUGAAGUUCUGGGUGUGUUCUGAGGGUUUCGUUCUGUGUCUUUCCCCCAUGUUCACCUCUCAGAUCUGUUUGCUGUAUUUAUACACCCCGUCCUCUGGCGUGCCCUCACUUUGUGUGUUAACCCUUCAGUUAUACUUCUGUCUCAUUAGGCAUCACCUCACCCUUCAAGGCCUUUUCACAUUCAAAGCAAUAGAUUUGGAACGGAAACCUCCUAAAGCAUUAUGGGAAACUGAGUCUUCUAGGCGUCUGUGUAAUGCUCAGACAGCCUGAAUGACUGCUCCCUCCCUUUAAAGUCAGAGUGAAACGUUUUCUGUGGGUGAGUGAAUCUUUUCACAGGUUAGCCAUGAUACUGCAGCUAUGUAGCAGAGUAAGCAGACACACACACACAAACACACACACACACACAAACCAGAUCUGGUCAGAUACUUUUUAUUAAAUUAAAAGUGGAAACAGAAACUCAUGGUACAAAAAUAAGAAUACAGAUGUUAAAAUGACAGUGUCUGGUUUGGGGCUUACCUGCACAGUUACAGCAAGAAUGAUAAUCAAUAUUUUUCCAGAUACAGUAUUCCGAUCAGUAUUAAAUUUAGCAUUGAGCUGAGAAAUAAAUAAUAAUCACUUUUGGCAUCUUGCAACAACAUCUUGACUGUUCAACUCUUAACGGACAUCUAAAUGAAAUGAAAACUUUCACUCCAGCCAGUAUUGUAAGAUGCUGCUGUCAUGAGUGAUCGUGCGUCCUAUUAGAGGCUGAUUUUAUUUUGAGAAACGCUGAUUUCCUGCACCAUUUCGGGCAUGAUUUUAAAUACUAGUGGUGAUUUGUUGAGCCAUAAUGUGUGAGUGAGAAGGGGGACUUGCAGUUGAAGGGAAGUCAUUUUGUAACGGUGCAGGAAGUCCCAUCACACAUUUUAAAAAAAAGACAACUGUAGCUGUUUGACUCAGGUUUGAUGCACACAAACACAUGCAUGGCUUCAAGCUACAAAAUUCUCUCUAUGGAUGUGUGUGUACUCACUUCCUGUUUUGUUUUCAGUGUGUUGAAGUGGUCCCCAUGGAGCAUUUUAGGGGUGACGAGCUCGACAAUGUGAGUACAAAAUAUCAGGACUGCCUGUUCUUUCUUUUAUUUUUUGUAGACUGGAAACUAGGAUGAGAGCUGUUAUGUUUAUAUAUUCUAAUAGCUUUCUAAUAACGGUCACUGAGGCUAAACGGCUGUAUUUAUAUCACAACCGCAAUUUUAGUGCAAUUAACAGUGUCUUAACAAGCUGUAAGGGCGGUUUAAUUGGUGACUGUUAACUUCACCAGCAGCUAUAUUGAGGCGUUGUUGCCAACAGAUCAAUUUGUGAUAAAUUUUGUACAAGCGUGUCUUGUUAAAAACUAAGUAGACCACAAUUAAGGCCUGCAAUUUAAUUAUUAAACAUUAAUUCUGUGAGGUGGCCAAACAACAAAAAGAAACUCUUGGCUGUCGUCUGGUUAAUAAGGUCUCUGCAUGCAGUUGCUUGUUAUUUAGAUUCUCCCAAACCAGGUAGUCGGAGAAAAGUCAACUUCUACAUAAAUUUCUAAUUUUCUAUAGAAAAUUGACCAGUUUAGCCCACAUUAGCGCUAAAUAUUAAUUGUUUUUAUAUCAAAAUCACGAUUUGAAAGAGAGAUGUUUUUUAAUCACAAGAGCUAUGAUUUUAUUUGUUUAUUUUUUAAUAUAUAUUUUUGGGGCAUUUUAUGCCUUUAUUAGAUAGUCAUUAGAAAGAUGAGACGAUGCAGUUCAUGGUCGUUGCCUCAACCCCAAGGCCAACAGGGAGGGAUUUUAUUUAUAACUUAAAUAAUUAUGUAAGAUUUUUCCUGCUAUAAUGACAGCUGACACCAACAAAUGUACUCAGCUGUAGUUAGUUAACAUUAGAGGACCUAAAUAACAAGCAACUGCAUUACUUUAUCUUUUUCCACUAAUGUACAAACAAGAUAAAUACUGUGAUAAUGCUCGGUACAAGAUAUUUUCCCCAAAUUGCUCAGCUCUCGCCUUCAAAAUCCACGUAUUUUGUUUUUAGAAGACAAAAACAGACAAACAAAAUACACACAUACGACGAAGUAUAAUUGAAGUAUAAUGUUUUUGUGAUCAAUUUUGUAUUGAUCUACAAAAAGCACCAUGUCCCACCGCUCCCAGUGGUGACCAAACCAUCCCAAUACUCGCCAUAAGAUCUCCAAAUAAUUACAUGAAUAUUGUGAAUGUUAUCAAACUUACUUAGGUCGUACAGCAUUUCUUGAAUGCACAAAAAAUAUUAGAUUUGACAUGCUAUAAGUAAAAAGACAGAAAUAAAAAUAUAGAUAAUAAUACAUUUAAAAUAAAAAUAAAAAACAUCUCCAGAAGUCCUUAAAGUGCUCGGGACAAACUGGGCAAACUCCCAUCUGCUGAGGAAGAUCAUGUGAUGUGAUCGAAAGCUUGAAAAAAGCUACUAAAUGGACCUUGUGGUUAGAUUAUGUCAGCUACUGUUUGAAAGAUCAAAAAUGACUACAGGCACCAUAUAUACGAAUGCAAAAAAUAACCCAAACUGUAAAGUAGUCAUGACACUACCUCUUCAAUAACACACACAGACUGAGACUAAACAACGAGCGCAGACAACACAGUCCUGAUAUUUUGUGACAGCACUAAUUCUCCCAGACUGCUGCUGCGUACACGCAACACACCCUGCAACGACACUGUGGCUUCGUCCAGUUCACUCACACAGCUACGUAAGAACGAGACACUCGAACUGUAGAAACGUCCCAACGGUGAAGCAGCUUCACUGAUCAGUCACUUCCAAACUGUCCACAACACGUUCUUCAGUGCACACAAGAGCUUCUGCAGGUAUCAGUAGUGUGUGUGUGUGUGUGUGUGUGUGAGAGAGAGAGAGAGAGAGAGAGAGAGAGAGAGAGAGACUGUAAUUUAUGUGUUCAUGAUGAUUGUAUGUGUGCAGUUUUCAGUUUGCGUGUGUCCAUCUGUCCACACAGUAGUUUUCAUUUUCAUCACCCCAGUGCUCGGACUGCAAACUCACACUAACUCACCUCAGGGAGAAAAACAAUGACCUGUGUCACAUGUACACACACACACACACACACACACACACACACACACUGCUAAGGUCUUCUGAGGAUACCUCUAAGUAAAAAAAAAAAAGUCUAUUCUGGAUUUAAGGUUUUGUGUCUUGCCUCUCCUUCACCCAGUUUUGUUUCAUGGACGCUGAGGCGCCGUGUCUUUCUCUGUGGAUUAAGUGUGUGAGUAAGGGCUUCACUCUGUCUCUGUUCUGUUAUCUCAACCCUGUUUUUAACACAAACACAUGUCCGUCAGUCCGCCCCACCUCCCUCCACUCGCUCUUCUUCUCCAGUCCAGAGUCUCCUUGUGCUUGUAAAGGCGAAAGCAAAGAAUGUUUCCAGCAAACACUUUUUUUUUUGUAACAACUUUAAAGAAUAAAGUGUAAAAGUGA